GGUUCUAACCUGCCGCUCAGGUUCCUUCUGGCGGCUCCGCCCCUGUCCGGCGGCCCAGCCCUGCCGUCCUCCUUGCGCAGGAGCCCGGUGUGGACAGACGGGCGGACGGACGCGCGCGCGGACGAGGGGACUAGCGGGCGGCGAGCAGCAGGGGUGAGCCAGGCACGGGGCCCUGGCCUCGGGCCACACUGAGAUCUGCCCUCCACCACUGGCCACGCGGAGGACGCCAUGAGCCAGUCGGGGUCUAUGAGCUGCUGCCCAGGCGCUGCCAAUGGCAGCCUGGGCCGUUCUGACAGUGCCACCAAGAUGAGCGCCAAGGACCUGUUCGAGCAGAGGAAGAAGUACUCCAACUCCAACGUCAUCAUGCACGAGACCUCCCAGUACCACGUGCAGCACUUGGCCACGUUCAUCAUGGACAAGAGCGAGGCCAUCGUGUCCGUGGACGACGCCAUCCGGAAGCUGGUGCAGCUGAGCUCCAAGGAGAAGAUCUGGGCGCAGGAGAUGCUGCUGCAGGUCAACGACCAGGCCCUGCGGCUGCUGGACAUGGAGUCGCAGGAGGAGCUGGAGAACUUCCCGCUGCCCACCGUGCGGCACAGCCAGACGGUGCUGAACCAGCUGCGCUACCCGUCGGUGCUGCUGCUCGUGUGCCAGGACUCGGAGCAGAGCAAGCCCGACAUCCACUUCUUCCACUGCGACGAGGUGGAGGCGGAGCUGGUGCAUGAGGACAUCGAGAGCGCGCUGGCCGACUGCCGCCUGGGGAAGAAGAUGCGGCCCCAGACCCUCAAGGGCCACCAGGAGAAGAUCCGGCAGCGGCUGUCUGUGCUGCCUCCCCGCCAGGGCCCCGCCCCGGUGCCCUUCCAGCCGUUCGCCCAGAACUCCGGGCCCCCCAAGAACCGAGUGGGCCUGCCCGUGCCACCCAGCGAGCCAGGCUACCGCUCCCAGGAGGCGGCGGACGAGGAGCCCCCAAGAGCUGUGCUGGCCCAGAGGAUAGAGAAGGAAACGCAAAUCCUCAACUGCGCCCUGGACGACAUCGAGUGGUUCGUGGCGCGGCUGCAGAAGGCGGCCGAGGCUUUCAAGCAGCUGAACCAGCGCAAGAAGGGGAAGAAGAAGGGGAAGAAGGGCCCGGCAGAGGGUGUCCUCACGCUGCGGGCGCGGCCGCCCUCCGAGGCCGAGUUCGUGGACUGUUUCCAGAAAACCAAGCUGGCCAUCAACCUGCUGGCCAAGCUGCAGAAGCACAUCCAGAACCCGAGCGCCGCCGAGCUGGUCCACUUCCUCUUCGGGCCGCUGGACCUGAUCGUCAGCACCUGUGGUGGCCCGGACAUCGCACGCUCUGUCCUCAGCCCCCUGCUCUCCCGAGACGCCGUGGGCUUCCUGCGGGGCCACCUGGUCCCCAAGGAGAUGGCGCUGUGGGACUCCCUGGGGGAGACGUGGACGCGCCCCCGCUCCGAGUGGCCUCGGGAACCACAGCUGCUCCUCUACGUGCCCAAGUUCCACAGCGGCUGGGAGCCCCCGCUGGACGUGCUGAGGGAGGCGCCCUGGGAAGUGGAGGGGCUGGGCUGUGCCCCUGCCGAGGAGCCCACUCCCGCCGGCCGGCCGCCCUUCCGGAACUCCCUGAAGCAGAGCCUCGUCCCCGAGCCCGCAGCCCCUGGAGACGGCCUCCCCGCAGUCAGCUCCCCGCACGCGCACAGGGGCUACGAACCCACGCCGGCCAUGGCCAAGUACGUGAAGGUUCUCUACGACUUCACGGCCCGAAACGCCAACGAGCUGUCGGUGCUCAGGGACGAGGUCCUGGAGGUGCUGGAGGACGACCACCAGUGGUGGAAGCUCCGCAGCCGCAGCGGCCAGGCUGGCUACGUGCCCCGAAACAUCCUGGAUGAGAUCCGGGCGGAGGAGGCCGGCGCCCCCCACGAGGUGAUGGUGAUGGGGGCGGGUCUGAAAUACUGGGGUCCUGCCAGCCCCACCCACAAGCUACCCUCAGGCUUCGCUGGAAACAAAGACGAGAUCAUCCACCACAUGGACGAGGUCAACGACGAGCUGGUCAAGAAGAUCAGCCACAUCAAGGCGCAGCCGCAGCGGCACUUCCGCGUGGAGCGCAGCCAGCCCGUGCGCCAGCCGCUCACCUACGAGUCGGGCCCCGACGAGGUGCGCGCGUGGCUGGAAGCCAAGGCCUUCAGCGCCAGGAUCGUCGACAACCUGGGCAUCCUGACGGGCCCCCAGCUCUUCUCGCUGAACAAGGACGAGCUGAAGAAGGUGUGCGGGGAGGAGGGCAUCCGCGUGUACAGCCAGCUCACCGUGCAGAAGGCGGUCCUGGAGAAGCAGCAAGGAGGGUCGGAGCUGGAGGAACUCAUGAGCAAGUUUCAUUCCAAGAAGAGGCUGGAGGGCGACAGCUAGGCCUGGCUGGGAGCACCCGCUGCGGGCGGCACGGCCCCCACCCGUGCGUGGAGUAUUAUUUUUGUAUGUGUAUGUAUGGGGUACCAUGGACACAGAGGGGGUGCGCUGCUGGCGGGGCCUGCACCUGGCGGGGGGCCAGCUCACCUGCCUCCUGCCCAUGGCCUGCCCUUGGGCUCAGCAACGCCCCGCCACACUCAGCCCUGCCCAAGGCCCACCUCAGCCAAACUUGCCGCCUGGAGGUGCCAGCCCUCCCAGCUCUCCCCACACCUACCCCUGAGGCCACAGAAGCCCCCUCGCCUCUGGCCUCCUCCAUCCACAGGGGUCCCUGGGACUGGGACUCUGACCCUGUCCCACUCCCAUGACUGCUCACUUCCCCAUCCACUGUCCCCCGCCCCCGGCUGGCUGUGGGCCAGAAGGGCAGCAGCCCUCAGCCACCCAGCCACCCUGCCGGCCCCAGAUAGCGCCCACAGCGCCCACCCUGUGCUCUGCUCCCCGGGUGGCUGGGGGCGGUGGUGGUGGUGCUGUACUCCCUGCACCUUUUCAAGAAGCAGGUGUGGACUGGACUCACCCAAGCACUGGCCUUGGACAUCCCACCCCGCCCCCACUGCCCACGCCCCCACUGACCACGCCCCCACUGACCACACACCCCCUGACCACACACCCCCUGCCCACACCCCCACUGCCCACACCCCCGCCCCAUCCCUGAAGCAGAGCCCAAGAAAGGAACUUCUCCGGCCAGUCUCGCGCCAGCCUCGCCCUGCGUGCUGCACAGGGGCCUGGAGGCCUGAGCCCUGGGCUCUGCAGACCACACCCCAGAACUGAGAGCCACACUCCGAGCGAGGCCCUGACAUUAAACCGGUUUCUCCGCGAG